AUGCACAAUUCCCCCCGCUUCCCUUCUGAGAGCUGUGUCCGUCAGCCCCCUCCCCGCGCCAUCCGAUCCCGCAGCGCCUCUGCGGCYGUGGAAACCCCGUGCGAGGCUCCCUGGCUGCCGCCCCUGCGGAGAGACCGGGCCCGGCCGCYUCCCGGGGCAGGCGGGAUCGGUCCGUGGGCGACCCCGGCCGGAGAUGCGGGGUGUGGACUGGCUCAGGAGUUCCAUGCGGCAAGGCCCGGCAGCCGCGGUGUCCGUGUCCCGGGCUUUCCCGUCCCCCCGGUGUCCCGGCCCGCAGCAGCGCGGUCACGUAGCCAACACCCGGUGCCCUGGCCGGCGCUGCCGUGCGGAUCCCGCUCUGACCGUGUCCCUUUGCAGGCCACAGCGACGGACCAGCUGGUUGGGUUUGGCUUGGUCGCCUUCAGCCUCGUCCUCUUUGUUUACUACACCCUCUGGAUCAUCAUACUGCCCUUCAUUGACAGCGACCAUGGGAUCCACCAGUAUUUCCUGCCUCGGGAAUAYGCAGUUAUCAUCCCUGUGGCGGCCGGGCUGCUGCUGCUGCUAUUUAUAGGUGUUUUUAUAAUGUUCGUCAUGUGGAAGAGCAGGAAACCUGCCAAGAAAUCAGACUGAAGGCCGACAUGAGGAGAUGAGGAGGUGCCCACGCUGCGGUGUCGUAGCCAGGAAAAGACUUUUCCUGCAGCUCCAGGCAGACACCUCCUCCGGGGUGCCCRGCACUGAGCUGCUCCCACGUUCCUUCCUGCAGAGACUAAACCUGUAGUUUACAAUUUACUGACCAAAGAGAAGCAGGAUUCAUCCAAGGCUCAUCACAUGAGGGACCAGAGCCCCUGCUGAGGGAUCUGCUSUCCCUGCUCCCCAGCUGGGGCUGCCCUGCCCACUCUGGGCACUCCUUCCCCUCUGCUCUGGCUCUGCCCAGUAGUUUGUUCCUUCUGGAACCUUUUUAAAGUUUACAUAUGCUUUGUGGGGUUGUUUUGAUUCAAGUCUGAGAGGAAAGAAAUGAGAAUUUGUGCUUGGAAAGAGCAGGUUUGCCUUCUCCAUUUGCUGCWGGAAGGGAAACUCAUGGUGCUGGGGGCUCUUGCCUUUCUGAAGAAGGACCCCAUGAGGCUGGGUGUGUGGGAACAGUGCUGCCUUCUGCAUCCCACCAUGCAGUCACCCAGAUGAGGGGGUGGUGAGGRGAUGUCCUGGAUCACGAGGGAGUGUUUGGGGGUGGUUCCCAUCACAGCUGCCAGCCCUGGCUGGGUUCCUGUCCCAGACAAGGCRCCCUGUGCCAGCCAGGCUGGGGCUGAGCAGGAGGGUGUGGUGGCACUGUCCUUCCCCCAUGGGGUUUCCUCUCCUGGCAGCUCCCCUGGACCAUGGUGAGCAGGAUCACUCUCAAUAAAGGUCUGCAAGAUCUC